CGCUGCUUCGAGGAGGAUCCGUUCUUCCGCGACCCUUUUGCCGCACACCAUGAAUACAUGCGGCAGAUGAUGAGAAGCUUUUCUGAUCCUUUUGGCCGAGAUCCAUUUCUCAGCAUAACAGAUGGCAGGGAGAGAGCGGCGGAUCGAAGGGCACGCCAGGAUUCUCAGGUUGCUCUGAGAGGAAAUCGCAGAGCAACAAGCUAUUCCCUCAUGCCCUUUUCAAGCUUUGGUAGAGUGCAAGAUGCAGAUUUUGGGGAUCCUUUUUUUGCAAUGGACAGAAUGAUGUCAAAUAUGAGAAACAGCAUGCUGGAGAUGCAAAGAAAAUUUGAUGACCUGUCUGUCCAUCCAGACGCACACACCUUCAGCUCCUCCUCUGUGAUGACAUAUUCCAAAGUAGGAGAUGAACCUCCCAAAGUUUUCCAAGCUUCAGCUCAGACGCGCACAGCUCCGGGAGGUGUUAAGGAAACAAGAAAAGCACUCAAGGAUUCUGAAAGUGGAGUGGAAAAAAUGGCUAUUGGUCAUCACAUCCGUGAUCGUGCCCAUGUUGUAAAAAAAUCAAAGAACAGGAAGACUGGUGAUGAAGAAAUGAACCAAGAGUUCAUCAACUUGGAUGAAAAUGAGGCUCAGUCUUUUGAUGAGGAGUGGCAGAAAGAGAUUUCCAAGUUCAAGCCAUCGAGAAGCAGGUGCAAUUUAGAUGCUCCAAGGUACAGCAGCAUUCAACACAUACAGAAGGAAGAUGGACAAGGAAGAGAGAAACCACUCGCAUCUGUGGGCUUCAGGGGACCGAGAGUUUCCAUGGAGAACGACCUCAGUGUGAAAGGAACACAUGUUCCCAUCAAAAGCAGCAAAAAAUAGUCCCUUGGGAUGCAGUUUGUUCAGAAAAAAUGGUGCUGCACUGCUUAUGUUAAUAUAAGGAUACACGUACAUAUGACCAAUCUGUCUUGUUUUAGUGUUAGUGUGCCUUGCUACUCUAAUCUUUUGACUGCUGAAUGUUGUAUAAACCUUCGGAUCUUAGGUUAAGUCAUUUUAAAAAGAAAGACAAGAAACAAGCAAAAAAGGAACAAAAAAAACCCUGCCCACUUAAAAGCACUUUAAUGGUUUAUCACCAAUUCUGAUUUAAAACAUCUGCUUUGGGUAGCAAAGUCGUCUUUUCCACCACAGUUCCACCGUUCUCAGACUGUUUAUUAACCCCAGUGGAACCACCUUUUCCCCUCACACUGUAUAAUUUGCACAGAAAGUAAAUUCUCCUAUUUUGUGUGGCCACAGUUAAUAAUUGUUUUGGUGAUGAAGCAAUCAGUAGGAAAUACAGUACACUGUAGGCACUGCAUAUAUAGAUUUAAAAUCAUACGGUAAAUUGGUACAGAAUUCCCAAAUUCAUCUUGAUUUUAAAGCAAAGAGGAGUGAAAGGAAUGCUAAGAUAGCAAAUACUUCUUUAUAUUUUAGUUUAUCAACAUUCUUAUGUUUAUAAAUUGUGCUUGCAUCCCUCGUUCUCUGUCCCUAGGCUGUUAUUCUCAUGUUUCUGAUCCUUUGUUUCUUUUGGAGAUGGUGCAUUAUUUUUCAUUCCUGAAGAUCAUCUGUAGUAUUUUUCAGUUAUCCUGUGACAAUACUCAGAUGGAACUAUUACUUCUUCAUUGGAGAAAUGGUUCAGCAGACAGCAGUUUAACUGGGUAAUGGCUGCACCAUUUCUUCUGUUCCAGAAAGCUAAAAUAUCCCUCUGUACAGGAAGCCAUUUUCUGCCUCAGCUGAGGUGAGCUCUGUUAUGUCUUCUGCCCUGAUUAGUAGAGCUAAUUAGUAGGAUCCUGAAAUCUAACACUUGAUUUCCUUUGGUACUUCUGUCAUUAUUGUUUGGUGGAAGAGUCUGGUGUUCAUGAGGAAAGCCAGCUGUGACUGAGAACUGGAAAUGUCUUUGUAUUACAAAUGUUAAGUUUGUUUGCUGUCUUAUUCAGAAUUGAUCUCAUGUUGUAGAGGAAAUAAUUUCCGUAGGCUGUAGCAUAUAUGCCAUAGUGUAAAUGCUAUGAACUGAAGGCUAAGACAGCAUAGCCUUCAAAAAGACACUGUUUGUAUGAUAAAAAUAGUUUAAUAUUCAUACAAGUAAAAAGGAAAUAAGCUGUAAGUUUAAUCUGAGGAAUCUAUAAAAAGGUGUACUUUAUUAACAUGCAAAAAAAAAAACAAAACCCACAAACCAGCAAACCUGAAGGGCAGUUGUCACUGCCAUUGCAGAAAUUUCCCAGUGAUAAACAACAGAAAGCAUUACCAUGCUGUCACUUAAGCAGAAAUCUUUGAUUUGAGGGGUGCUUCUAAUUCACAGAGCAUUCAUCUGUCCAUCAUCUGACCACUUACAUUCUUGCCUGUGCUCCUGGGAUGGGUGAACAUAUACUGAGAGAACAGCACUGGCUGUGAAAUUAUAUUGGGAGGAGGCAAACGUGAUGGAUCACUUUGUCAUGCACAGCAGUGUGAAAAUGUUAUGCAAGAAACUGUUCUACAUAGGAACACCUGAAACUUCAAUUCUUUAAUAAAGAGCUAUUUAUUAUUUA